GCCGGAACUCGUAGUUUCGCCUUCUGCCGCGCUUCAUAAGCGGAAACGGGGUCGCCCGGGGCCGAGAACUACCGAGGCGAAGCACCUGUGGAAUCUUCUCAAGAGGAACAGUCAUUGUUGUGUGAAGGUUCAAAUUCAGCUGUUAGCAUGGAACUUUCAGAACCUAUUGUAGAAAAUGGGGAGACAGAGAUGUCCCCAGAAGAAUCAUGGGAGAACAAAGAAGAAAUAAGUGAAGCAGAGCCAGAUGGUGGUUCUUUGGGAGACGGAAGGCCCACAGAGGAAAGUGCCCAGGAAAUGAUGGAGGAGGAAGAGGAAAUACCAAAACCUAAAUCUGUGGCUGCGCCACCAGGCGCUCCUAAGAAGGAACACGUAAAUGUCGUAUUCAUUGGGCACGUAGAUGCUGGCAAGUCAACCAUUGGAGGACAAAUAAUGUAUUUGACUGGAAUGGUUGACAAAAGGACACUUGAGAAAUAUGAAAGAGAAGCUAAAGAAAAAAACAGAGAAACUUGGUACUUAUCUUGGGCCUUAGACACAAAUCAGGAAGAAAGAGACAAGGGUAAAACAGUAGAAGUGGGUCGUGCCUAUUUUGAAACGGAAAAGAAGCAUUUUACAAUUCUAGAUGCCCCUGGCCACAAGAGUUUUGUCCCAAAUAUGAUUGGUGGUGCUUCUCAAGCUGAUUUGGCUGUACUGGUGAUCUCUGCCAGGAAAGGAGAGUUUGAAACUGGAUUUGAGAAAGGAGGACAGACGAGAGAACAUGCCAUGCUGGCAAAGACGGCAGGUGUAAAGCAUUUGAUUGUGCUCAUUAAUAAGAUGGACGACCCAACAGUAAACUGGAGCAAUGAGAGAUACGAAGAAUGUAAAGAGAAACUGGUGCCGUUUUUGAAAAAAGUUGGCUUUAAUCCCAAAAAGGACAUUCACUUCAUGCCGUGCUCAGGACUGACGGGAGCAAAUCUUAAGGAGCAAUCAGAUUUCUGUCCUUGGUACAUUGGAUUACCAUUUAUUCCAUAUCUGGAUAAUUUGCCAAACUUCAAUAGAUCAGUUGAUGGACCAAUCAGGCUGCCAAUUGUGGAUAAGUACAAGGAUAUGGGCACUGUGGUCCUGGGAAAGCUGGAAUCAGGAUCUAUUUGUAAAGGCCAGCAGCUUGUGAUGAUGCCAAACAAGCACAAUGUGGAAGUUCUUGGAAUCCUUUCCGAUGAUGUGGAAACUGAUUCUGUAGCCCCAGGUGAAAACCUCAAAAUCAGACUGAAAGGAAUUGAAGAGGAGGAGAUUCUUCCAGGGUUCAUACUUUGUGAUCCGAAUAAUCUUUGUCAUUCUGGUCGCACAUUUGAUGCCCAGAUAGUGAUUAUAGAGCACAAGUCCAUCAUCUGCCCAGGUUAUAAUGCGGUGCUGCAUAUUCAUACCUGUAUUGAAGAAGUCGAAAUAACAGCCUUAAUCUGCUUGGUAGACAAGAAAUCAGGAGAAAAAAGUAAGACUCGACCCCGUUUUGUGAAACAGGAUCAAGUGUGCAUUGCCCGCUUGAGGACAGCAGGAACCAUCUGCCUUGAGACCUUUAAAGACUUCCCUCAGAUGGGUCGCUUUACUUUAAGAGAUGAGGGUAAGACCAUUGCAAUUGGAAAAGUUCUGAAACUGGUUCCAGAGAAAGACUAAGCAUUUUCUUGAUGACCCUGCACAAUACUGUGAGGAAAAUUGACUGCAAAAGCCUACUUCACACCGCCUUCUCUUAUUUUCUGCCCAUUGACAAACCUCUCCCCAUAUUUUGCAAAGACAAAAUUCACAGCAAAAGUCCACAUUAUGUCAGCUUUCUCAUAUUGAGAGCUCUGCUAUGCCACUGUUGAAUUUUUCCCAAGAUUUUUUUCUUCCCCUCUCAAACUGCUUCCUUGGACAGAUUUGGCAAUAGCUUUGUAAGUGAUGUGGACAUAAUCGCCUACAAUAAUGAAAAACCUACCAGGAAUUAUUUUAUUUUUCAUUUCCCCUUGGGCAUUCCUAGUCUUUUUCCCCCCAGGCAGAUCAUUCUGAGUGUGCGAGUGUGUGUGCACAUGUUACAAAGACAACUACCAUGUUAAUAAAAUAUUCAAUUUGAAACCCUUUUCGGUAUUUGAAUUGCUUUUGAAUACUGUUUUUUAUCUGGAUGUAACAUUGCUGCAUUAGCUUUUUAACUUGACCAAGUAAUCGAGUACAUUUUAUUACUUGGACUUUUCUAAACUCUCCCUCUCGACUACUUAAAUGAGGCACUUACAAACCAUGUUCAAGUUUGUAUUAAAAGAAAGAAUUAGAUAGACCCCUUCUUUUGAUGGUUAAUGCAUACAUACAAUAUCUUUAUGCAACUGUGACACUGCUUUAUUAGGUCUCUCGGUUAUUUUCUGCCAACUGAUAUUUUAACAUGGUUUCUUAAACAAAAUAAGUGGUUUUAAGACACAGGAACAGCAUAUCUGUAGUUUUCAUAAGUAUAAAGCAUAAUGAAAUUGUACCCCUACAAAAAAUUCCAUUAACUUGUUUAAUUAGUGGAAUUUACAAUACAGACAGCAUGUUGAGACCUGGCAAAAAUGCCUCCUUUAGUCUUUAUAAGAGCUGCAUGCAACUAGUAUGAAAACCGUAUCAAUUGCAAGUGCCAGUUCUACAAAUUACUCAGUUUAUUUAUUGUUUAUAUCAGUAAUUUUAAAGGCUGACCCUUGCUGGUUAAAGCUAAAUCUCAUCCAGUAACUAAAUGAACACAUAUUUAGAACCAUCAGAAUCUGCACAGACUAAAGUUAACAAUGACAAGUAGAAUUAUGUUUUUCUCAAUUAUUCAAAACUGUUUUCUUAAAUAUAUUGCUGAAAUUUGCUCAAUUAUGAUUUGGAUGGCCCAGAGCACAGCACUGUGGUGGUUUUUAGAUUGAAUCCUGACCUUCUGCUACAACUGUCAUUAUUUUUAAAUUUUUAAUGAGAAUAAAUGGAAAAUGGAAGGGAUACUUUCAGGGAUUUUUUUCUGGAUUUAUUGGAAGCCCCACCUUGAUUUUGAGUGUUGCCUUUUACCCAAGACUUAGCCUCUUUUAGGUUGGCUUAAUCUCUAAAUAAGAUACUUUGUAAUUGUGUAUCUAAUGACAUGUCCCUUCCCUGUAAUCUUCCUGCCUUAGAAAAGCCUCCUCUGACUAUUUCCAGCCACAAAACAUAAAAAUUAAAUCUUACCGUUUUCAUAACUGUAAAAUUCCCAUUCAUUUCAUGAAUGAAGCGACAUCUUAUGGACAGAGCACAGAUACUGUCCUACAGUUUCUUAUAACUAUACUCAUGGUUAUUAAAGUUGCAUGAAAUUUAAGUUAUACUAUGUUUGCAAAUCUGGGCUUUUAGUUUUCUGGAAUAUGUGGGAACUUUAAUCAGUACAUUAUAACUUUUCAUACUUCCAAGUUAAUAAGAACAAAAUACUAGCAAUUGCUUGGAUUUUAAUGAAUCUCUAAAAGCUCAAGAGUCACUGAAAUUAUUUCCAGAGAUAUAUUUCCAUUUUUAAAUUGAACACAUUUUUAAAAAAAAGUUAUGUUUGCUAUUAAAACAGUUACACUUUUAGAAUAUUAUGUGCAUGUUGCCAAGACUCAAAAUGACUUGGAUAUCAACUGUGAAGGGCCUACCUCUAAAAAAAAUGAAGAGAAUAAAUAUAAUUAUGAAAUAAAACUUUUGAUGGAUUCUUGCACAUUUAUGCAAGUAAGAUUAUUUAGAAGAAACCUCAUUGUUAAAUUAACCAACACCAUACAUUUUUGUUGGCUUUGAAGUUCUAUGGGAAGAAUGCUUACUUGAUGGAUUGUAAAAUCUUCAUUACACUGCCUGGUUACUGGGACAGGCAGAUGUGUCUGAAGUGAACUAGCAGUGUGGGGAGAUGUCAGACCUAUGAAAAGCAAUAUACAGAUUCCUGUGCUGUCAUUUUGUCUUCUGCAAGUGCAAGUGUGUUUAUAUUGUUGACAAUGCAAAAACAGGGUAAUUGGCUAUAGACUUAGGAUAUUACAGACCUAAACAUUUUUCUUUUCUGUCUUUAGCAUAGAUAUGUUAGAAUCACAAUUUUCUUUGCAUCUUUUUACAUUAAUAAUGUUCUUUAUACAGCUUUCAUGCUAGAUUAUUUAAUCAGUUUUUUAAAUUAAUAAACUUAAGAUAAUUGAAAUUAACAUUAAAUAAUUGCCAUUUUCAACCUUUAUUUCUUACUACGGGAGAAGGGGAAAUGCUUCUUGUUUUUAAUUUGUAAGCCUAAUUCAUCCAGUGAAAAUUAUGUAAAAUCAAACUAAAGGCGAUGGACUGAGUAUAUAAUGCUAUGAAAUUAAGUGACAAAUAGUAUUCUUGAAUUAAGCCCAUGUAUAUUUGUUUUGAACUGAGUCUUGAAAUAUGUGAUAAUUGAAUGUAAAAACUUUGUGAAUUGUAGAAGAAUAAGGUUAUUCACUGUAACAAGAGGUAGUUCGUACUUGUCUGCUAGUUACAUAAACUACAAGAACUACUUGUGCAAAAUAGGAUGGACUUUGAAUGUGAUGCAGUUGACAGAUACUGGCAUCCUCAGCUGAAGUGCUACAGAUAUUGCGGGUCAUAUGUUCAACCAGCUGCAGUUUUGCAACCCAAGAAAAAGGUGAAUUUAUGCUCAAAAACUGCUUUCACGAUGAACUUUUGAAAAAAAAUCAAGAAAACUCCCUGGCAAUCUUCAGAAACACUAGUUGUGACUGUAGUUACCCCGUGGUCUUUGACGGCUGUUGCAUCUGGCAGCACUCGCACCUUUCCUCACUGGCGUGGACUCCUUAUGGACUGCUGCUUCACGGAUGACAGCUCCAUUGGUUUGGGUAGGAAAGUUUUUAUUACAGCUCUUAACAUCAAGCAACUUGCAGCUUUUAAAAACCCUUUGUGGAAAUUCUGGUAACAGCACGAUAGCUGAUUGUGGAAUGAUUAAAUGUUCAGUGUUGGUCUAUCUUAACAGAAUAAACUGUGCCAUUAAUCCUCUCACAGACAUACAUACAUAAGGUAGAUAGCAAUCUACAGAAUUUAGGGGACAAUUUUCUGUCUCCAAAUAACAUGGCUUAUAUUUCCUCCAGCUGAUUUUUUCCAUGAUUGUAGCAGAUGUCAUCUAAUACAUUUAUGAUCUUAGUUUCUUUCCUCUAGAGAUCUUGCCAUGGCAGCAACUUAAGUAAAUAAAUGUACUUACACGUGCACAACUCAAAGACUAGUAGGUUUAAAUUUAGCAGUCAGUUGGUUAUAUUAGAUUUCAUAGUAAAUGGAAUAGGAAGUGUUUUUAUUUCCCUGUAGUUCAGUGGUUUCCAUUUGAACUUUGGCUCUAGGAUAUUCUUAAUUUUCAAUAUCCUAGGACAUAACUGAGUCUUCCUUCAGUAAAUACACUUUUCACAUACCUCUAAUCCUAUGCUUCCUUGAAACAGUAAUGUGCUAGCUGAGCUGUUUAUUAAGAAGUGUUUUAAGGGCAUGAAGGUGUGGGAAUAUUGGAGUAUUCUCCAAAAUAAGGGAGAAGCAGUAAGGCACCAUGUCUGAUUAGGCAGAAAAUUAGGCAGGAUUUAAGUGACCCUCAGAAUGGUGGUAGUCUUUUCUGCCUUGUCACACAUGCCACUGUGCCCUUUACUACCUACCGUGGAAACCUCGGGUUUGUGGACAGCAAAGGUAGAAUGACGUUGUGCUUCCCAGGCUCCCCUCUGCCAGGCACAUUAGCCUAGUGCUUGUCAGCCCAAGUCCCCACUACCUCCUUGCCUGCUGCCCAGGAAGAGUGUUUGUGCUGGAGCUGGAGCUCCUGCACACCUCAGGCGACCAGACCACCCACAUGCGUUAGGUGAAACUGAGGUCUGAGCCCAGGUCUGCAUUUUAAGGACUUAACAUUUGGCACACGUCUUAGUUAACUAGUUUCUUCUCUUUGUUCUAGAAGAAAUGUGGGAUCUCUCUCAGGCCAGGAUUUAGUGACUAGUUUUCACUAGAUGGCAGGUUAAUACCUAGCUCUCCUUUUUUAAAAGACAGAAUUGAAGGGAACUGAUUAGGUUUGCUGGGUUUUUAACCUAAUUCCAAAGCAUGGCAGAAUGCUCUAGGUAGGAAUUAUGGGAAUCCAAGGUAAAGAAACCUUUUUCUUAUAAUUUGUAGCUACCUACUGUGCCUGACUUGGUGCCUGUGUGAGGAUUAAGCCCUUAGUCUGCUCUUGCAAUUAUUCAAAUGACUGAAGUUUAAAAAAUUUGCUUUUGUAAUAACAAUAAAAAUUGUCAUCUUCCCUUUUGAA